UAUCAAGUAUUUUGUGCAAAAUUUGGAAUUAUUUCAAUAUAUCUUCGGCCAAACAGUUCUAGCCAAGCCUUAAAGUUUAAAUUCAAGGUUGCGACCGCGAGGCGUAGCAAGCAUGUCACAAUGACUGCCGACUCGGCAGAUUUAAGUUAGGACGCUGUAAGGCUGCUAUGCUGCUUUCGGCCCUACUACCUCGCAUCGUGAACUCUUCCCAUUGUCAUCGCUCUGGCCCCGAUCUAUGACACUAUCGCCCGAUCGCUCCGGCUCAAUUUUAUUGCGACGACGCAUCUAUCACAGCAGGUUAACGUCCCGUGCCAAAUUCAAGACCGAGCUCGUUCUACUUUGACCAGCGUAGGCCAUUAUUCCAAAUUUGAGUUUGCCUUCGUGUCUGAUUCGAUGUCGAAACGAUACGGCGUUCGACCAAUAUAAAGAAUGCGGGGGCGCAUCCCCCGAGUUGGACGUUUUAGAACUCGCCUAAAUUAAACAAGACGGAAAAAUACCGGGAACCUAUUAAAGAACGAUGAUCAGUCAAUCUAUUGAGAUCCAGCCGUGGGUAUGCGGUUGUCGGCAUAUCUCGACGCCAGGGGAACGUCUGGCUCUGAUGCUAAUACAUAUCUACGGCCAUGUCGAACCGCAUCGCAUACUUGUGGGCAUCUCUGUCGUCGCCGAAACUCGUUGCUGAACUCUACAACCAACCGCCAAGAUGAAGUGGCUAUCUCUCACUCUAGCACUCGCCGUGCCUUCUCAGGCCGCGCUUCGAUUUGGAUGUUCGACCGUGAGCAUCCAACGUCUCGAUCCCCUCGUCGAGCCCGGCAAGGUUCCAUCAGCCCAUCUUCACCAGAUUGUCGGCGGGAAUGCUUUCAACGCUACGAUGGGUGAUGACCUCGGCGAUAGGGGAACGUGCACCACAUGCACGUUCUCUGAGGACUUUUCCAAUUAUUGGACCGCGGUCAUGUUCUUCAAGCACCCGAACGGAACUUACAAGCGUGUACCCAUCAUGCAGAACACUGCUCUGCCGGACGGCAUUAAUGGUGGAAUGACCAUCUACUACACGCAGCAGGACUUCUCGUCGAACGGCAACCAAAAGAUCACCGCCUUUAAGCCGGGCUUCCGUAUGACCGUAGGCACUCCUACGGCCACCUCGAAAUAUGGACCUGGUCUUAAAUUUGUCUGUCUUCAAAACAAAGGAACUAGGUUCCCCGAGCUUGACGACUUCCCCACGAAGCCUUGUGUGGGUGGCAUCAUGACUGUCCACCACUUCCCCGCAUGCUGGGAUGGCAAGAACCUGGACAGCCCCGACCACCAAUCUCACAUGUAUAACACCGUAAAGGAUGCAUUCCAAAAUUCCGGACCCUGCCCCGCGUCUCACCCUAUCCGUGUCCCGCAGGUAGCUUACGAGACCUUAUGGGAUACGACUCAGUUUAACAACAUGUGGCCUACCGACGGCUCGCAGCCCUUCACAUUGAGCUACGGCGACAACACGGGAUAUGGUACUCAUGCGGACUACGUAUUUGGCUGGAAGGGUGACGCGCUUCAACGUGCUAUGGACUCAUCCUGCAUGUUCAACGCCUGCGAGAACGGAAAUCCGUUGAAGUCUCAGGGUGUGACCCAGAUGAACCAGUGCCAGGUGAAGAGUACAGUCAACGAAGACAUCGACGGAUGUAAGUUAUCAUGCGUGCCUUUUGUAGAAGUAAUAUGCUAACGAUCUGUCUUUUAGGGCUCGCCGCUCUCCCCGGUAUGUAAUAGCGCAAGCUAAUGAGGGAGAUUCGAAUUGCAAGGGACGGAUACUCUGAUUUGUCGUGAAGGCUUUCCUCGAUCCAAUCUGCCGGCGCUCAUAUCGUUUGUUGGCCUUUCAAGAAUAUUAUACCAGCGCUGAUUGGGGCGUAUUACAGUAUGGUGGCCUAUUAAGUCUGUAGCUUCAUAAAGCGAAGGCAAAUAUAUUUAUUAGAUGUUACCUUUACGGCUCUCCCGUGAAAUAUUUUAUUUAAUAUUAUAUUUCCAUGCCCUCCUGGAGUCUCCGGUCGUGGAUUUCGGUAGCCCGGUGCACUGACUAAUUAAAUCCUACUCAUUAGGAGCUGUGCCUGUUAAAUAGUCGGUGAAGGCGUACGUAGAUACCUGAUCAAAUCCUUCCUCGAAUACCAUUUCUAAGCGUUGUCCCAUACAUAACGCAAUACAAUAUGAAAAAGCCCAAGUAAGU